AUGGCCUCAAUGUCAGCCCUGCCCCAACCGUCACGGCCAGCCGCCGACCCCCCGACCGGGGCAUUACCCCCUCUCCCCAACCCCAAACCGAGAAAAAGUACUUCAGGCCCAGCUGAUACAUCACGACCGGCUUCUCCAUACCAACAACUGUCGAAAUUGCGCACUCCAUCGAGCCCCAAGCCAUCUUUAGCAAGAUCUCCUUUAUCCAAUUCAAAUUCAACCUCCAAUCUGAGCGCCAUUCGAUCAGCAUCCAGUGGCCGGGCCCCCGGGAGCCCGGACAAAACAUUACGUCGCACUAUCAGCAUUGCCUCCUUUCCACAACCGCCCAAGGCAGGAGGAAGUCGCCCUUCAACCGCAUCAUCCGUGUCCGCCAUCCCAGCAAACCCUACUGGGACUGUGAAACCCAAACGCAGCUCACGACUGAGCACGGGAACCACCAGCAGCUAUCGCAGCUCUAAAACACCGUCUUUAUUGAAUGGAAGCGGGGAUGGGCGGUCCAUUGCUGCAGAUCCGCGGGAUCCAGAGGGUUCGCCGGCGCAUAGCAGAAGCUCGUCCGCUCAGGGGUCCUGUUCGACGAGCGCAACGACAUUCGAAGAUGGAGAGGAUUCAGCGAUGACGGGAAAGUCGGCUUCCAAACCAAAGGAAAGCAAGGGCAAUGUCAUUGUCAGUGUGCGUGUUCGACCAGAUAUAAACCAAGGAGAAACCCCGAGAAAUCAUGGCGAGUGGGGGGUAGAUGGACGUCAAAGCUUGAUCUCUCACAGAGGAAAAGAUGGCGGAGAUUACUAUUAUGAUAAUGUCUUCACGGCUCAAGAAAAUAACGCCAAGGUGUAUGACUCCGCUGCCAAACGACUGGUUCGGCGAGUCAUGGAGGGCUACCACGGAACCGUAUUUGCUUAUGGUAUGACAGGCACCGGAAAAACAUUCUCCAUGCAAGGUACUGCCACCUCUCCUGGUGUCAUUCCGCUCGCCAUUACAGAUAUCUUUUCUUUCAUUAGAGAAACCCCUCAUCGAGAAUUUCUUCUUCGGGUAAGCUACCUGGAGAUAUACAACGAAAAAAUUCAUGAUCUGCUUUCCGCCUCACUCGCCACUGGUCCGGCCGCGACCCAGCAAGAAGAAAUCAAAUUGCGGGAAGAUAGCAAGCGAGGAGUAUACGCAACGCCUCUGAAGGAGGAAAUCGUCCAAAGUCCAACGCAGCUUCUUCGAGUAAUCGCAAGAGGAGACCACGCUAGACGGACCAGCAGUACCCAAUUCAAUGCGCGCAGUUCACGAAGUCAUGCUGUUGUCCAGAUUGUCGUCGAGAGCCGUGAACGAGUACCGACAAACAACGCUCAGGAUAAACGCGCUGGAAUCGCUCCUGGCGGUGUCCGAGUGUCAACACUCAGUUUAAUUGAUCUGGCGGGCUCUGAACGAGCAGCCGAUGACAAAGAGCGCCGAACUGAGGGUGCCCAUAUCAACAAGAGUCUACUCACGCUAGGAAACAUCAUCUCCAAGCUCUCCGACGCCAAGGACAAGCAGGGAAAUCCCAUGGAUAAAGAAGGUCGUCACUUGCCUUACAGAGACAGCAAAUUAACGCGAUUGCUACAGGGUGCUCUAUCGGGUAACUCCCUUGUGAGUAUUCUUUGCACAAUUCAACUUGUUUCGGGCGUGAAUGCGCAUUCUGGAGAAACAUUGAACACUCUGAAGUUUGCGGCUCGAGCGAAGAACAACAUUGUCAGCCAUGCACAGAAGGCAGAAGAGGCCUAUGGCGCGGGCGGAGCUGAUUCUGGCAGCCGAGUGUUACUUGAGCGAUAUCGCGUGGAAAUUCAAACCCUUCGUGGUCAGCUUGACACGCAAGCCAAGGCUCAACAAGAGAAAGAACUCAAGUGGGAUGAACAACAGUAUGAAAAGGAAGCUCAGGCACGUCAUGAAGAGCAGGUCUUGGAGAUGCAGCUAGCGCGAACUGCGCUCAAGGAACGAAUUGAACAUCUCAAUCGCUUGAUCCUGAGUUCCAAGUCUACUGGUGUAAACAACCAUAGUAGCUUGUCUUCUGCGUUUGGCCGAUUGUCGCGAAUGUCCGCCACGGAUUCUGGGACCCGCUCGCUGCGCUCGUCUGCUAGUCAAUCUACACUAGGUGCCGGUCAUUCAUCUAUGAGACCGAUAUCUUUUAUGUCGAUCAACAGCAAUGAACCUUCCGGGGUCAUGCCGUUUUCCAACACCUCGUUUGGAAACGAAGAUGAAGAUGACAUGGGUGAAUUCGGUGACGGCAAAGCCAGUCUGCAACGGCAGGUUACCGCAUUACAAGCUGACCUGGGUGACAAAAACCGUUAUAUUUCUACAUUAGAGCGAAGGCUACUUCAAGCGCGUCGUUCUAGUCAUUCCCGCAUGUCUGUUGGGGUCAAAUCAACUAGCUCGACCAUUGCAGAGCAUCCCGAUAUGAUGACCUUGCUUCGUGAGAAGGACAUGGAGAUUAAUGAACUGCGCAUCCAAUUGGACGAUAAAGAUAGAAUGCUCGCCGCUCUUCGUUCUGCUGCACGCCAUCGUGAUCUGGCUGCUGUCACGAAUGAUGCGCAAUCCCCAGAGCUCAAGGAGAAUGGAGAAUCUACAACAUCGGAUACCAACAGUCCAUCCCGCGCGCACAGUAUGACUGAUAAGCCCCUCGAUCCACCGGCCCCUGACCUACAAGGGAGGGGAGAAGACAAGGAUGACGACCGGAGGAAAAACAUGGAUGAGGUGUCUAGAAUGUUGGACGAAAUGAUCCAGGGUCGAGUUGACAGUGGCCAUCUGGAGAGAAGCCCCAUGGAAAAAAUGAAGAGAGAUUCUGAUGGUAGCCGCCGAGUCUCAAUGUCGGCCGAAGUGCCUGGCUUGAAUGCUGCUGGACCUGCUCCAGUAAAGGUGACUUCUUCAGGCUCUCCGCUGAGUUAA